AUGCCUCAAUUCGCGCACGCCGAGCGCUGCAAAUCGCGAGAAAUCCUCGCGCUAGGCGGCGCCCAACACCCCGCCUCUCCUUCAACACCAACGUCAUUUUCUGGUGCGGCUACUCAAGAUGGGAAUCAUACUGACUCUGUUCCCAGCGCGGAUCUGGGCCUCAUUGGCCUUGCUGUCAUGGGACAGAACCUCAUCCUGAACAUGGCCGACCAUGGUUUCACCAUCUGCGCCUUCAACCGAACCGUCUCCAAGGUCGACCGAUUCCUCGAGAACGAGGCCAAGGGCACCUCCGUUGUUGGUGCUCAGUCCGUCGAGGAGUUCGUCAGCAAGCUGAAGUCUCCCCGCCGUGUCAUGCUCCUCGUCCAGGCCGGCUCUGCUGUCGAUGACUGGAUUGAGAAGCUUCUGCCCCUCCUCGACACCGGUGACAUCAUCAUUGACGGUGGUAACUCUCACUUCCCUGACUCCAACCGCCGCUCUCGAUACCUUGCUGGCAAGGGAAUCCGAUUCGUCGGCUCCGGUGUUUCCGGUGGUGAGGAGGGCGCCCGAUAUGGCCCCUCCAUGAUGCCCGGUGGUAACGAGGAGGCCUGGCCUCACAUCAAGGACAUCUUCCAGGGCAUCGCCGCCAAGAGCGACGGUGAGGCCUGCUGUGAGUGGGUUGGCGACGAGGGUGCUGGUCACUACGUCAAGAUGGUCCACAACGGUAUUGAGUACGGUGAUAUGCAGCUCAUUUGCGAGGCCUACGAUAUCAUGAAGCGUGGCCUCGGUCUUUCCAACAAGGAGAUUGGUGACGUUUUCACCAAGUGGAACAAGGGUGUCCUGGACUCUUUCCUGAUCGAGAUCACCCGCGACAUCAUGUACUUCAACGAUGAGGAUGGUACCCCUCUCGUCGAGAAGAUCCUCGACAAGGCCGGCCAGAAGGGAACUGGCAAGUGGACUGCCGUUAACGCCCUGGACCUGGGCAUGCCCGUCACUCUGAUUGCCGAGGCUGUCCUCGCCCGAUGCUUGUCCAGCAUCAAGGAUGAGCGUGCCGCUGCCUCCACCAAGCUUGAGUUCAUCAGCCGCACCACUAAAUUCGAGGGCGACAAGGAGCAGUUCCUUGAGGACCUUGAGCAGGCUCUCUACGCCUCCAAGAUUAUCUCGUACGCCCAGGGCUUCAUGCUCAUGCAGGAGGCUGCCAAGGAGUACAAGUGGAAGCUCAACAAGCCCUCCAUCGCCCUCAUGUGGCGUGGUGGUUGCAUUAUCCGAUCCGUCUUCCUCAAGGACAUCACCUCUGCUUACCGCAAGGAGCCUGAGCUGCAGAACCUUCUCUUCGACGAGUUCUUCAACAAGGCUAUCCACAAGGCCCAGCCCGGCUGGAGAGACGUUGUCGCCAAGGCUGCCCUUCUGGGUAUCCCCACUCCCGCUUUCUCUACCGCUCUGUCCUGGUUCGACGGUUACCGCACCAAGGACCUUCCCGCCAACCUUCUCCAGGCCCAGCGUGAUUACUUCGGUGCUCACACCUUCCGCAUCAAGCCCGAGAACGCCAGCGAGAAGUACCCCAUUGACACUGACAUCCACGUCAACUGGACCGGCCGUGGUGGCAACGUGUCGGCUUCUACCUACCAGGCAUAAAGGCUUGGCGAGUAGAAGGCGAUGGGAGGAGGAGGGUAAAUAUGCCAGAUCAAUCGGUGUCUGGUAACUGCGUCAUGCGAGUAGGCUUUUGAAUAGGUACGCAGGGAAUACUGGCGCUGCACUGGGUAAUGGGCUUGAAUGGGCUGGAUUUAGAAUGCUCAGGAGGAAGAACUUGAAAUCCUGCAGCUUAUUCGUAAAAUAACAAAAAAUGACAAUCAUGACAAUCAUGACGAGACUGCUUCGUGCAUGAUUGUGAGGGUAUGAAAUGUGACAAAUGAUGACUUGGCGUAAACGGGGUUUGAACAAC